AUGGAUGCGUUUAAGGCUCAGGAGAUUGAGCGGAUGCGCCUGGGUGGGAAUAGGCCUUGGAGGGACUUCUUUGAUGAUGCUGAGGCGAAUAAAUUUGCGGGCAUAACUUGGGACGACGCAACGAUUGCAGAACGAUAUUCCGGCGAAGUGGGCGAGGAAUGGAAAGAAAGACUAUCAGCCAAAGUAGAAGGCAAAGAAUACGUCCCCUCCGUCAAACCAGCCGCCACAUCUAUGUCGUUCGGGAACAGCUCCACCAACAGCAGAAGCCAAACCCCCCUCGGCUCAUCACGAACAGACAGCCCCAGCCGGCCCGGAGGCAAAGCCAAAGUCGACGAUAAAUACUUUGCGGGCCUCGGAGCAGCAAAUGCGAGCCGGCCGCAUGAUUUACCGCCCAGCCAGGGAGGCAAGUACGGUGGCUUCGGAAGCGCCCCGCCAGAACCUGCGAGAGGUGACCCCAAGUUACCUGGCUUUGACGAUUUGCAGAAGGAUCCUGUCGCGGCGCUGACGAAGGGCUUUGGAUGGUUUACCAGUACGGUGGGGAAGACGGCGAAGACGGUUAAUGAGGGAUAUAUCCAGCCUACUGCUGCAAAGAUUGCGGAAACCGAUUUAGCAGCCCAAGCACGCGUCACCGCCGGGCAAGUAGCUAGAGGCGCACAAACGGGCGCCAAGAACGCAGCUGAUGGCUUUAAUCGCUUUGUGGAAGGUAAUGGUUCGUCGGGUGGUGCAUACAGACAGGCACCUAUUGAUGAAAGCAAGAAGGAUUUCUGGGAUAGUUUUGCGGAGGCGGGGAAUAGCAAACCAAGUGCAAUUGGUACGAGUGCGGUCAAGAAGGGCGGCUCGUCUGCGGGCUUGAUGGGUGGUGCAGCCAAGAAGGAUGAGGAUAAUUGGGAUAAGUGGUGA